AUGGAUCCUACGACCUCUCGUGCUCAGCAGCGACCGCCGCCCGCCGAGUCGCAGUUCCGGCCAUAUCGGCCUUGGGAGACGGACGCUCCCCCACUACCCGACUCGCCUCUCAAACCCUUCUUCGCCGGCCAGCCCAAGUCCUUGUCGGGCAUCGCCCUCCGGGCAUUCUGCCUGGGCAUUGCCUUUGCCGCGAGUGUUGUCGCCGUCGCCGGCAUCCUGCUCUUCACCCACAGCCCGGCAUGGCGUGUGCCCUUUUUCCUGCUCGCCCUGUCCACUUUUCACUUUCUCGAGUUCUGGACGACCGCUGAGCGGAACACGCUCGUGGCCAGCAUCGACAGCUUCCUCCUGACAGCCAACUGGCCCUCGUACGCCAUCGCCCACUCGGCCGCCUUCCUCGAAUGCGCCAUCGUCAGCAUCUUCUUCCCGAGUCGCUCCUGGGCCCCUUUCUACUCCGGUCCCCUCCUCCUCGCCUUCGGCAUCGCCCUGGUUCUGGUCGGCCAGGCGGUCCGCUCGGCCGCCAUGCUCCAGGCGGGGGCCAGCUUCAACCACCAGGUGCAGACUAAGAAGGCGGGCUCCCACACGCUCGUCACAACCGGCAUCUACGGCACUCUGCGACAUCCGAGCUACUUUGGCUUCUUCUACUGGAGCCUGGGCACGCAGCUGGUGCUCGGAAACGUGGCUUGCUUCUGUGCCUAUGGGGCGGUUCUAUGGACCUUCUUUAAUGGAAGAAUCAAGGUCGAGGAAAAGAAGCUCGUCGAUUUUUUCCAAGACGAUUACAUCGAGUAUCGGAGGCGGGUCCCCACAAUGAUGCCGCUUAUAGCCUGA